AUGAUGCAACCGACCGGCGUUGUCCCACCUCCAAUGCCUCCGAUGCCUAUGAAUCAACAACAUCCACAACAGCAGCAGCAACAACAACAACAUCCACAACAGUACCAACAACAACCACCGCCACCACAGCAGUGGAUGAUCACGCCACCGCCUCAACAAUAUUUUCAACCUCAGCCGCCGUCCAUGGGCUGGGCUCAACAGCCUCCUCAGGCGGCGGCGGCGUCGACACCUCAGCAGAUGCAGGCGUUGCAAACUCAGCCUCAGCAGUACGCUGCGGCUCCGACUAGCUCCGAUGAGAUUCGUUCUCUCUGGAUCGGUGAUUUGCAGCCUUGGAUGGACGAGAAUUAUGUUUCCAACUGUUUCUACCAGACUGGAGAGGUAACAUACUUAGAUGAAGAUGCUUGUGAGAAGUUUUAUUCAGCAAUUUUAUGCCUACUGGUAAAUGCUGUUUUUCAGAUUCUUUCAGUGAAGGUUAUUCGUAACAAGCAGACUUAUGAAUCUGAGGGUUACGGAUUCCUUGAGUUCAGGACUCGUGCAGCAGCAGAAAUUGUUUUACAGACUUAUAAUGGCACCCCGAUGCCAAAUGCUCAACAGAAUUUCCGGCUGAACUGGGCUACCCUUGGUGCUGGGGAGAGACGUGCAGACGACACUGCAGACUACACAAUAUUUGUUGGAGAUUUGUCUGCUGAUGUCACAGAUUAUGUGCUGCAAGAAACUUUCAAAUCUGUGUACACAUCGGUGAAGGGUGCAAAAGUUGUCACAGAUAGAAACACUGGACGUUCCAAGGGUUAUGGCUUUGUUAGAUUUGGAGAUGAGGGUGAACAAAUGCGCGCUAUGACUGAAAUGAAUGGGGUAUACUGUUCAAGUAGGCCCAUGCGAAUUGGGCCUGCUGCUACCAAGAAACCCGGGGGGGGACAGCAGCAAUAUCAGAAAGCUUCCUACCAGAAUCCUCAAGGAAAUCAGGGCGAGAGUGAUCCAAAUAAUACAACAAUAUUUGUUGGUGGUUUGGACCCCAAUGUUACGGAUGACCAUUUGAGGCAAGUAUUUGGCCAAUAUGGUGAAUUGGUUCACGUGAAAAUACCAGUGGGAAAGCGUUGUGGGUUUGUUCAAUUUGCUACCAGAGCUUGUGCUGAGCAAGCCUUAUCAAGUUUGAAUGGGUCUGUAUUAGGUGGACAAAAUAUCCGACUCUCAUGGGGCCGAAGUCCCUCAACCAAACAGGCUCAGCCGGAUCAGACUCCGUGGAAUGGUGGGUAUUAUGGAUACACACAAGGGUACGAAGCAUAUGGAUAUGCCCCACCUCCCCAAGACCCAAAUAUGUACUUUGGAGGUGGCUAUCCUGGAUAUGGGAAUUACCAACAGCCGCAGCAGUGAUCUGUUGUCGUCUGGGAAGCAUGAGGGCUGUUGUGAGUUUCACUCGCUUCCAGUCGAUGUCUCCAGUUCUUGGAUGUAGUAUAAUCUUGUGCGGUUGUGGAUUUGGUACACACACUAAGUAAUCCGUUUGUGGUCUAUAUAUGAAAUUGUUCUUUUCUUUGCUUUGCUAUGCUAUGCUAUGGUGGAAUUUCUCGAGUUUGUCUGAGGCGAUGCUGAGGAUAUUGAAGUACACUUUUCCAUCUAAAUUAUGAUGUCUUAUUUAAAUCAUGGAAUCUGAAUUGCUAUGGUUUAAUUUUGAUGCCUG